GACCGCGGCACGGCCCCUCGCUGCGGAGGGAGGAAGGAAAUACCGCUAUGAGGCUGCUCCUGCUGGCGUGCCUCCGAACGCACACCGGCAACGCGACCACGGCGGCCAGGAUACAGAGUCAUCUGCACGAUGCAGGUCACAUCUGCAUUCUCAAAGAUGCUUCCAGGUGUGAAAGUCUGACUGAAAUAGCGAAUCUAACCUCUGCAGAUCAAUUUGAUGCAGCCCUGGCCAUUCAUCUUUAUAAAGGAGGCAGACAUCUGCAAGGUAGCAGAAUUCCUUUUGGAAUCAUCUUUGGAGGAACAGAUAUAAAUGAAGACAUCAGAAGUGAAGAGAAACGUCGGGUAAUGGGAGCAGUGCUAGGAGAAGCCAGGUUUGCCGUGGCUUUCACGACGAAAAUGAAGGAACUGGCAGCAGCAGCGUGGAAAGUUUCAUAUUCCACAAGUUCAUGGUUGGAGUUACAGAAAGGCAAUGAACCAGAUGCUAGCCAGAAAAUAUAUGUCCAAUAUCAAGGAAUCAGGACUACUCCCAUUGAAACAUUUGACUGGUGUAGAUUUCUACAAAAUGCAGACAUUCCUGCAGAUACAGAAGAUUUACAUAUAUUUCUCCUUAUAUGCGGACUUAGAAGAGUCAAAGACCCUCUGUAUUUAGUAGAUGUAUUCUCAGAUUGGCACAGAAAGGACCCCACUGUUCACCUUGGCAUUAUUGGACCUGCAGUCGAUCCACUUCUAACACAUGAGAUGAAGGAGAAAAUCAAAAGGGCACCUGGAGUACAUUUAUUACAGGAGAUGCCACAGGAUGAUCUUCAUGCUGCUAUGAGAAGGUGCUUUGCUGUAGUGAACAGCUCCAUUUCAGAGGGGAUGUCUGCUGCAAUUCUGGAGGCAAUGGACUUGGAUAUUCCAGUGCUUGCAAGGAACAUUCCUGGAAAUGCAGCAAUAAUAAAACAUAAAGAGACAGGACUGCUAUUUUCUGAUCCCCAGGAGUUUGUUGUGCUGUCCAAGAGUUUGAUGGAUGACCCCAUUAUGAAAAGAGAAAUUGUAACAAGGGCCAAAGACUACGUGAAGAAAUAUCACUCAUGGGAAUGUGAGAGAAAAGCCUAUCAGAAUCUUGUCCUAAGACUCCGGUGAACUGCCAGACCCAGCAGUCUGUGUAGAGCACUUUAAUGAUGGAAAUGUAAUUAGAUUUGGGUUUCUCUGGGUUUCUUUUUGGAAGAGAUAGUAAGAUAUGCAUUAUUAUUCUAUUCAAAUGCAGCAACAUCACAGGAGUUGCCUGCUACUUCAAACUAUCAAAUUUAUCUAAUUCAGCACUCUGUCUCUAGUGUACCAAUUCAUCACAGACCAGUAUCAGUUUGUAAGAUCACAUAGAAGAAAUAUAUUCCUUGAACAGACACAUAUUUUUUGUGUAAAGUCCUCAGAAGGAGGAUGAUUUCUUGUAUACAGUGCAGCACUUCACCACCAAGAGCUUAUGUCAGAUGUUGUGAUCUUGUUGCAUCCUAACAAAGUGCAGUAUAGAAUCAUUGAAGCAUAGAAUGGCUUGGGUUGGAAGGGAACAUAAAGACCAUCCAGUUCCAACCCCCUGCUGUGGGUAGGGUUGCCAACGACCAGAUGAGGCUUCCAGGUCCCCAUCCAACCUGGUCCUGGACACUACCAGGGAUGGGACAUCCCCAGCUUCUCUGGUCAGCCUGUACCAGUUCACCAAUUUCCUCGUAAGAAAUCUCCACCUAAUAUCUUAUCUAAGUCUCCCUUCUUUUACUUUAAAGUCAUUCCUCCAGAAGCAGUUUUUCUUUCCACUUAUACCAAUCUGAAUAUGGUUGGGUACGUGUGACAUGCACAAUUCAAGUACAUAAAACCAUGACUAAAUACACAGAGUACAAGAUUAUUAAGAUGAAAGCUUCCUUCAGACUAAAAGACAGAUGUAUCUAUUGAUAUAGUUAUCGAUGUCUACAUCAAUAAACAGUGUUGAUGCUUAGGGAAAACAAAAAAUAUAGGAAAUGUUUUUUACUGCCCUAAAGGUACCUGGAUUCCUUUCAGCUAAGCUGGUACAGCUGAACAGUCACAUGUCUGCAUUUUCUCUUGAGUCCUGAUUGUAACCAUGUAGGUUGGCACAGCACCCAAGGGCCAUACGUGGUUUCUCAUUUCAGAAUUGCAUGGUACUGCCCUCAGCAGCAAGAUGUGCUCGCAGGCAGAGAUGCUUUGUUACAUAAACUACCUCUUAAUUUGCCAGUUGCUUUGGUACCUUGGUUAUUUAUCUAUUUGCUAAAAGAUUUAUGAGAGCUAUAGAAAGGAAUGAAGGGGGGAAAUAAAAGUAUUUUUCAGUUUACCAUGUAUUUUGGAACUGUUCAUUCUCAUUUGUGGUUCUCAGGAUAUAUUUUAACAUACUGCAGUAGGCUAUUUUAAAAGGAGACUCAUCUAUACUUGAAGUCCAUGCUAAUCAUUUUUGCUAGCACAGUGAUUAUGGACAUAUCUUUGAUUCCAUAACUGGUCAUCAAAGAACUUGUAUUCAUAGAAGAAAGAGUGUCAUAGUUUCAGUUCUUACUGACAAACUGUAUGCUUUGUACAGAUUUGAUCCCGUCCCCAUGACUGUGAAUUUUCUACUGAUUUGAAUGGCUAUUCCGUCUGACUUUUCUUUGUAAUAAUGGAGUUCUGUCUUUUAAGCUUUCCUCUGUAUUUUGAAUGUUUUGCAACCACUGGGAGAGUAAACAAAAAAGGAAUUUGAA